UUUCUUUGUUUUGAUAAGUGCUCGAGAUUUUAUUGAUUUCUCCCAGUGGUCAUGUGACCACGAUUGACCCUAAAAACUCGUACAAGAUGGCUGCGAGUACGCAGUCAGUGUGUCAGUUCUGGAAAGACUUUGAUUUGCAGCACCUGCAGAAAGAACUUGACAUCACUGCAACAGAACUGGCAAACAGACAAGAUGAAAGUGACCUGUCCAGAAAAAGACUGGUAGAACAGAGUAGGGAAUUCAAGAAAAACACUCCAGAGGACAUAAGAAAACUUGUAGCCCCAUUACUGAAGAGUUUCCAGUCAGAAGUAGAUUCCUUGUCCAAGAGAAGCAAAGCAGCAGAAGCAGCCUUUUUAUCUAUUUAUAAGAGAAUUAUCGACCUUCCAGACCCUGUGCCUGUAUUGGAGUAUGCUCUCCAAAUUCAGAAGAAGGCCCACAGAGUAUCUGAUCUCGAGAUCGAAAACAAGCAGCUGAGAGACACGCUUGAGGAAUACAAUCACGAGUUUGCUGAGGUUAAGAAUCAAGAGGUGACAAUCAAGCAGCUGAGAGACAGACUGAAAGAGUGUGAAGAUAAGAUCGAGGCAACUGCAGAGGCCAGAAGCAAAGAAAAGGAAAGGGAACUGCAGCGAGUUUUUACGGAAAAAGAGAGACAGCUACAGGAGACACAAUUGUCCGUGGCCAAGAAGCUCGGGGAAGCUGAACAGAAGGUUGCUUCUUUACAAAGCGCACUAGAAAAUGUGCAGUCUGAGUUGUUUGAAGUCAAAGCCAAGUAUGAAGAGGCCACAACAGCCAAAUCGGAUGAAAUGGAAAUGGUGAUGUCCGAUUUGGAACGAGCUAACGAGCGAGCUGAGGCAUCAGAACGUGAAAUAGAGCAGAUUAGGACCAGGUUGACGGAGGUGACACAGAAGCAAAAACUAGGGGAGACAAAUCAAGAAGCACCAGAUAUGGAUCGUGCCAUCGACAUGUUCAAGCGAUCGGGUCUAGAACAUGAACUUGCAUCCAAGGAAAAAGAGAUUUCACAGUUGGUUGAAGAUGUACAGAGAUUGCAGGGCUCACUAAACAAGCUGCGAGAAGCUACAACCAGUCAGGUUUCCAAGCUUGAAGAUGAACUGGCUUCAAAAAAUCAGGCCUUCAAAUUACUGGAAGAGAAGAUAAAAUCUCAGGAAGACUAUGAAGAAAUCAAAAGGGAACUCAGUGUGAUGAAAUCUAUAGAAUUUUCCAACAACAAGCUGGGGUCGGAUGAGCCUGAUGGAGACAUUCAGCCAAAGUCUUUGGAAGUCUUACUCUUGGAGAAAAACAAAGCACUGCAGUCUGAGAACACAGUACUUAAAGUCAACAACAGUGAUCUCUCAGGGACGACAACACCUGCCCUCUCUGAAAAUGCUGCUGCAUUUGCAUCCAUGCUAGGAGAAGAAAUAGCUUCAUCCUAUCAACGCCAAAAUUCAUCCAGAAUCUCAACUCCCUCUUCACCUCCAACGCCAUCUAGCAAUGGCAUUAAAGAAGAAUCAGUUCCUGAAAAAAUUAAUCCCAAGAGACCCAUUUCACUAGAAAGAAUGCCCAGUGUAUCAGGGGAGAGUACUCCCAGUCUCCCACCCCCACCCUCACCUCAGUUUUUCUCGUAUUUAAAUGGACAUGGACUCCCAAAUUAUAUGAGUAUGUCCAUGGGAAAAACUGACCCUAGUAAUUCACAAGGAAUAGACACUUCUUUAGUGGCCAAAACUGUUAGAGAACUUCUCAGUAUUCAUAAUAUUGGACAACGUUUGUUUGCCAAGCAUGUACUUGGGCUAUCACAAGGCACUGUGAGUGAACUUCUGUCGAAGCCCAAGUCUUGGGACAAGCUUACUGAAAAAGGACGCGAAUCGUAUAGGAAGAUGUAUGCCUGGGCCACAGAUGAAAGGAAUAUUAUGGCACUGAAGGCUAUUUCACCAAAGAAAGCGAGUCGCUCGGCCCUAGGGCUAAGGUCAGUCUUUAACCCAAUGUUCCCCUUGACAGGCCCCACCACCCUGGUACCCAGCGUACAGAGGGAAGACUCCCAGACAGAGGAGAGAAUUACUCAAAUUCUGAAUGAAGCUCAGCAGGCUAUGCAAUUUAAAAAGGCUAUGGAACAGCAACAAGUGGCACAUGCCAUGGUAAACAGUUACUAUCAGCAGGAAAUGACUAGGCUAGCACAGGUGACAGCACAACAUGGCCUGCCAUCCCCACAUGGCUCUGCAUCUUCAAUCAUGACCAGCUCAGGGUCAAUUGCUCUGCCGCAUCCUAAAGAUUUGGAGCAACAUCGCAGGCGUGAAAGUGUGGAGAGCCAGGGAUCAGCCAAAGAAAUGGUAGAGAGGAUCUACAGACAGGAAUUGUUAAAACUGGCUCAGGCUGCCGAGAGUGCUGGAAACAUUGCAGCUGUUACAAUGUACCAGCAGGAGCUAGCCAGAUUGGCACAGAAUGCCCAGAAGGGUGACGCAGAGCCUGGAGAAAUCAGACGAUCCCGAGGAUCACCCGGAGAGCAUCAAGAGGUCAGCAUCAAGCUGGAGCCCUGUGAUGUAUCUGCUGAUGAUGCACAUGGACCCAUCGAUUUGAGCAAGAACAGCACUAGCUCAGCUCCAACUACCCCUACAUCUAACAGCUCCAUCAAAUCUCCUUCUGAGUCUUCACAUCGUCCUGGAAGUGCCUUCAUGCCAUUUCGCCAAAAGAUGAAUGGGCAUGAGAGUAAUUUGGAGAAUCAUGUACCAUUUGGGCAGCAGUCAGAAUGCAUAUCACCCUUACAGAGAAUGCAGAACAUUGCCAACUCACUAAUGUCCAGACCACAUCUGGUUUCAUCUGCCAAACCCCUCAAGGCUGUACUGCCACCCAUCACUCAAGAUCAGUUUGAUAAAUAUUCCAACAUGAAUACAGAUGAUCUUGUGAAACAGGUGAAAGAGACCCUGAGUCAGUAUUCCAUUAGCCAGCGGCUCUUUGGAGAAAGUGUCCUUGGGCUUUCUCAAGGCAGUGUCAGUGAUCUCCUGGCUCGACCCAAACCCUGGCACAUGCUAACUCAGAAGGGGAGAGAACCCUUCAUCCGUAUGCAAAUCUUUCUAGAAGAUACAGAAGCAAUCCCUAAAUUGGUAGCCUCACAGUAUCACAUCCCUCCAGACAAAUUGAUGAGGGGCAGGAAUCAGCAGGAGAUGGUUUCCCCCUCAUCUGACAAGUUGCCAAGUAGUAACCAUGGAAACAGACCACCAGUUUCUAGCUCGACUCGCCUUGCUCCUGAGUCAAUCCCAAACUCGCCGCUACCAUCCCAUCAUCAGCUCCCUCCUCCGUUUCACCCAGUCCACCACACCCCCACCCACCACUUCAGCCAUCCACCCUACAGCUGGGCUCCAUUUUCCUACCCUUCAUCCAUGCUAGAGGUUGUUGCCAUGACAUCUGAGAUAGACACACUAGAGUUGACCUCCAGAGUCAAGGAUGUUUUACAAUUUCAUAACUUAGGACAAAAAUUGUUUGGAGAGGCAGUUCUUGGUUUGUCUCAGGGCUCAGUUAGUGAGCUUCUGUCCAAACCUAAACCAUGGCACAUGCUCAGUAUCAAGGGCAGAGAACCCUUCAUCAAAAUGCAUUUGUGGCUCAGCGAUCCUCAUAAUGUAGACAGACUCAAACAUUAUCAAAAUGAGGUCAAAGCUCAAAGACGGCGUAGAGGUAGUCUUGAAGAUAGAUCCUAUGAUUCACCUUCCAUGCCAAAGAGACCUCGUGUUUUCUUCACAGAGGAGCAGAAGGACAAGCUGCGCAUGGCUUACAAUCACGAUCCUUAUCCAAAUCAAAACACAAUCGAGGCUUUAGCCAGUGAGUUAAAUGUAGGCGUAAAAACAGUCAUCAACUGGUUUCAUAAUCAUCGAAUGAGGGCAAAACAACAGCAGCACGUAGGUAGUGGGAGUCAGUCCAGUCCAGUAGAAUAUAGCAACACUGUCAAAUCAGAAAACAAUGAGGACAUUUCUGACCAGAGUGAUGCGUCUAGUAUGUCUGGAGAAACUAAUCCAUUCCUGUCCAACUUCCCAGCAAACAGCGAGAACUCUCAGUGGCUCUUCCCGCAGUUUGAACCUAUGUCCAUGCAGAAGGCAAAUUUCAAAUCAAUUAAAAUGGAAAUUGACAAUGAAGAUGAUGGGGUAGGAGAUGAUGAUGACAGUAGAAGCAUGUCCAGCAACUCAAGUCAUCAGAGCAACGAAUCAUCCAAAAAUAAUGCCAAAGAAAAGAAAACUGAGGAGCUGAGGGAGGAGAAAGGAGGACCUGUGUUCAAAGAAGAAGAGGAGAAUUCUGGAGGGGAACAGAUAGAAGAUCCAUUGCAGAGAGAAAAUAAAAUGUCUGGCAUUUCUCAAUCUGGUGUCAACAAACGCAAACGCUCCAACCCUCAGUAUGUGUCUGAAGGGAGACAACUAGACAAAACAAAACAUGUGUUUGAGGGACUCCCAAGUCAGGUUUCUAGGGAUGAAGGGGUGGAUUUAGAAUUGGAUGAAGAUGUAGAAAAGGAAAAUGAAAGUGGAAAUGUGGAAAUAGGGGUCAAGGCUCCAGUGUUUGACAGACUUAAUAAAAUGGACAAGAAGUCUGUGGAUUUCCCAGAAGGAGACUGGGAAACAGAGAGAAACUCUAACAUAGAGAAGAUUCAGAAAAACCUCCAUCAAAGCCCUGCCACUGGGGAUUGGGAGUUCUGAAUGGCAUUUUCUUUUUAGAAUGUGGAUCUGUACUUGGAUACAGCAAUGAUAUUAUACACUGACACAAAAAUAUUGUGAGGGACUGACGUGCAUGGUGUCAAAGCACAAAUAUUGUUGUUGAAACUUAUAUUCAGUAUUCAAUACUAAUCAGAAAGGGUAGCUUCUUAUAUUUUUAUACGAAGAAACAUUUUUUAUACCUUUUCAUUAUUGUUUUAAUUAUGUGUAUUAACAUUUCCACUUUAUUAUGUGUUGUUGAAAAGACUUUCUACCUUAUGAUGUGCAUCUUCAGUGCUAUGGACACUAGAUUAGAAAAUUUGUUAUGUUUUCUGUUGCCUGGCAACAGUGAUAGUUCUUAAUGCCAAAGAGGAUCUCGUAGCUGCCUUUUGAAGAAUUUGUGUUCAACGUCUUUUAAUUUUUUUUUUCUGUUGGAUGUUAAAAGAUAGAAUUGUGUUCCAAGCUGUUUUCAUGACUAUAUUAGAGACAUUUUAGCAUGAUUGCUUUUUUUUUCUGUUGUUAAACAGACAACUAGUCGGUUUGUGGUGUUCAGGGGAUUCCAGGACUCGGAGAGUGCACUUCCUCAAACUUUCAGCAGGAUGUGAUGGAAGUGGGAGAGUUUUUUUUUGCAAAUGUGUAAAGGGGGAAUUUCCAGAACCUUUUAGUUUCUAAUAAUAGAUUUCUACAAUUUGUGUUUUUCUGCAGCACUGUGCAAUAGUGUGCAAAAUGCAUGAAAUAAGAUGUUCAAUUGUUGCUCAACAAAGUUGAGAAAAUUUUCAAACAUCACCAAAACAUUCUCAAAAUGGUGACCUCAUCAGUUCAUGAGUGAUUGCAGACGUUGGUGCUAAGUGUUUUUCAUCACCAUGAAAUUUAGAUCACCUGGAAAACUGUUAGUGAUGUUCAUUUACUUAUUGCAUUUAAUAUGUAGAAAGGCAUAUGAUAUUACAAUAAUGAUGUCCUUUUUUAGCAGAAUCAACACAGGUACUACUGUUAUGACUAUUAUGAUAUUUAAGACCACUACUUCUAAUUACACCUGAAACUAUAAAACAUACAUAGGUUUCAGAUUUUGUCAUUAUAGUUCAGCCAUUUCAGGGAUAUACCAGUACCUGUGUUUAUUCUAUGAAUGCCAAAAUAAUUCAACAUUUCUUUUAAAAAAUCACAUUAAGUUUACUACACCUUUUUCUCCAGUAGAUUCUACUCUACAAGAAAGUAAAUCAAAUAUCGUGUAUCAUACAUGCUGUAUGAACAAUAAAACUAAGAAUUUUUUUUUUCCAAGUGCCUGCUUCUCUUGCUCAAAACAAGAUAAUUAAAUUCUUUGACAACAGUUUGCAUCUGUGUGUACAUAAAUAUGUUCAUUGUUAGAAUUUUCAGAUUUUGUUGUAGUACGUAUUCUGCUUUUAAAUAUUAUAUAUAUAUCUGAAUUUUAUGUUUUUGUAUAGUUGUGCAAUAUUUCUGUAUUCUACAAAACAUUUAUUUUGGUUUUAUUUUGUACAUUUAGCCAGGGGUACCACCAUUGGUGUUGUUUUAUUCAAGUGCUGCCUACACUACUUUAUUUUUCAAAGAGACACAAAUUGAUAUCCACAAAAAUAGGAAGAAUGUAAACGGUACCAAUUUUUGGUUUAGUCUUUAGGUAUUGGUUUGUUGAUGUAAAAUGCUCUAACAUUUUCAAGUGUGUAUAAAGUAGAACCCACCACUAUUAUUUUGAAUUCAAAUUAAAUAUUUUUUUAUCAUGCAAGAUUAUUCAUCGCUUAAAAACAUGCAACCUCGGAUGGCUCUUGAUUCUUGACACAAUUAGGUUGUUAGAAUUUACUUAUAUUUUUAUUUUUUGGCUUCAAUUUUACAUAAAAUGGUUUAGCAGGCAUUAAGUAUGAUUUUAGCAUUAUUUAAAUUGUGUUCAUUUCUUUGGGUAGUGUGCAAAUAUUGAAGUACAGAGAAAAAAAAAACUGGUGAAUACAUGUAUAUCUACAUGAUAUACAUUUUCAGUCUUUAACUUGUUCGCCAACAAGUUGUUUGUUAGUUCAUUUAAAAUCAAAGAUUUAGACAAUUAUUUACGUUUAUAUAAAGCAUUAAUAAUAUUAACAAUUAUUUCAAUAUCAUUUACACAAGAUAAUCAUAAAAUUAAUCACUAAAAUGUAAUCAAGGUCAAUACUAUAAAAUUAAGCCAUGUGUUGUUUAUUAUUUUUCUCCAAGUUUAUUUUAGAAUAAUUAUGGUCAAAGCAGACCUUAUUUGUUUUGUUUCGCUGUAGGAAUGUAUGUUCCUUUUUAAACCAGAGAGAAUGGAGAGACAUAGUUUUCUUAAGAGAAAGACCCAUGUUAGACAAUUUUUUAAACGGAUAAGAAAAUGAAAGUUAACAAGGUUUUUUUUUCUAUGCCCCAUAUGGUAUUUGAAAAAUACUUAUUUUUCAUUGAUAUUAACUUCAUUGAAAUUUGCUUAUAUAGAUUCAUUUAAAAAUGACACUUCAAUAAUAGAAAAUCUAGCCGACACUAACAAAUGACACAAAUUUCCACUUCUAUAUAUAGAGAUAACUGCAUUACUGACACAAAAAAUUGUCUUUCAUGAAAAAAGUGUUAGUGACCCAUACAUUGAAUUAACUUUUAUAGGUAAAUAAAAUAGGCAUGAAAUUGUUUUUUUUUUGUGAAUUUUUUUAUUGAUUUUUUUUCUUUUUUGCUUGAGGUUGUACAGCUUAUGUCAUCCAAUAUGUAUUAAUAGAUAGCAUUUUCUUUGCCACCACUUUUUCUGUUCCUAUGAAAGAGAAGUACAAGUGAAAUCUACUCACUUCUGGUGGAAAUUCCAAUUCUUACAGUAUUUGAUUAAGUAUUUUAUGUUUAAGUGUCAUUGGAAAUCUUUUUCUCUUUGUUUUGUUUUGUUUAAUUUUAUGACAAAGAUUUUUUUUCUUGCAAUUUUAUUCCUCCCCCCGAUUGUAUUUAACUUGGGGGGACAUCUACGUAUGUUGUGAUUGUAAUGUAACCCUACAUUAAUGGUUUUGGUGAAAUGAUAACAGAUUUAAGAAAAUGUUUAUUAUAAUCAUAUGCCAGACUUUAUUUAUACAGGUAUAACCUAUUUGUCAGUGAAAUCUGAAGACUUGAAAUAGCUUUAAUUUGGAGUAGAAAUCCCUCAAACUCUGUUAACACUUGUUACUUUGACAACCUGUAUAGAGACAAUCUGGCUAUAAUGCCUUUAUGGUGAAGAGCACUGUUUAGUCUUAAUAGCCCCACUUCCUAUGUAUGUGUGUCUUAUUUGUUGAAUAAAUCCAGCUGUACCUGUUUUUCUAUCUGCUCUGAAUAUAAACAUUUUUUUUCUGGAGGGUUUGCCUCUGUUUGAAUGUCAUUUUCCUUUCUCCAGUGUCAUUCUCCUAAAGGGUCACUUAGACCUCAGGAUUAUACCUGGCUUGACAAUAUUGGCCAUAUCCUAGGAAACUACAAAAAAGAAAGGACUUUUAUAGAUCCCACCUCUGCUAUAAACCAAAGUUAAUUUUUUUGUUCUUUUUUUUUUGUAUGUUUUGUUUUUUUCCUCAAGCUACCCAGCUAUGUAUUCGUGAAAGAUUUUUAUAUUUAAAUUGACAAAAGACCAUUUCAGAGUUAAGGGCAUUAUUAGAAAUAUUUGCCAAAAUUUAAACAAUCUUUUUUUAAGACUACUAUAUGUCCCUUUGUCAGAAAUACUGAGGUUUUUCUUUUAUUUUAAACUUAGAAGAUAAAUUUGUUAAAUGUUUUGUUUUAAGAUGGUUUUCCUUUGUCAUUUUAUAAUAAUAGUUUAGUUCUUUUAGAUAAGACACAAAAUUUGCUCAUUGAAUAACAAACUUCAAAUACUUGGACAUGAAUGAAAGUGUUUAAACAUAAUCACGUCUAGUCUGAGAGUUGCUACAGCCUGUUUCUAUAAAUAUAUAUAUAAAUAUAUUGUAUCAUAUCUACAUGUUCAUUAUAACACAGUGCAUUUCAAAUGUUUUAUUUUAUUUGUUAUCCAUACCUACUAAAGAUAAGUAUAUAUAUAUAGGUGCUUACACAUCAAUAAAUAUUUCUAAACUGAA